GGAGAUCGGGUGCGUGAUUGGUAUUGCGGGCUUCAUUCCCGAGAUGCAAGUGGUAAAUUUACCAUUAAUGAUCCGGGAACGAAGAAGGUUGCUGAUGCUGUGAUGGGCUGGAAGGAAAAAGAAGCUACGGGGGAGUUCACCCCAAAAGGCAAUGUUGACGCAUUGCAUAUGGUCUUAGGGAAAGACCACAGUGGGCGGGUAGUCGGAAAAGGAGGCGUCCGCGUGGGGUUACAGAAGGCAUUCGGCAAAGAGUGUGUUGCUACUCAAUCCCGAACGGCACUGCGGGAAGAAGCAGCAACCCUCCGAGCGGAGAUUACGAAGGACGUUCUCGCGAAGAGAAUGGAGGGGUUAAACCAGGUGAAGAACUCUCCUCAUUUUUCUUUUCUUUUUCCUCCACAGCAACCUUCACCAGUUGCUUCACUACUUCCCCCUUACAAAGGUUUUCCUCCUGUUCUUGCUCCUCAGAAUGCCCCUCUGCCUUCUUAG